UGGAAAGUGUUCCGUCACUGGUGGAAGAGUCAUGGCGUUUCACUCACCGGGAGAUGUCCAGAGUCCAACCUACUCUGAAGAAGGGUUUCGGCCCGAAACGUUGCCCAUCUCCUUCGCUCCAUAUAUGCUGCUGCACCCGCUGAGUUUCUCCAGCAUUUUUGUGUACCUACUCCAGGAUAUGGCUGGUCCAGUGAAGCGUAUGGUGCACCACCAGGACACUGUAGGUGGGGAUUUCAACACCAGCACCAUCCUCCACAUGUGGGACAAUCGACCUGCCCUGACACAGUAGUGCCAAGUCCUGUAUAAACAACGUCAGAAACAUUUUCCUUUCAUUUCAGAGGGAAUGACUAAACUGAGCAGUUACAUGACUGAUUUGGUUAACUAUGUAUGGGUGUAAUUAAUUAAUUCAAAUUGCAGACUUGAUUUGAUUAAACUGCAAUCCAGGUUUAUUUCCUCUGCACUUUCUUCGCACCAGACUCGAUCCGAGUUUACACGGUUCUUUGACGUGCUCAGGAAUUAAAUCCUCUCCGCCGGUCCUUCUGAAAGAUUGGACGUGAGUGAAUUCCUCGGCACUCCUCUCUACCUUCAAGUACAAUGCCUUCAGAAAAAGAACUCAAUGGAUUGGAUAAUUACGGCUAUCCAGGUGACGAUGAAAGCACACAUCACGCCCACACCCUCGAGAAAGGUGGGAAAAGCAGCCAUCCUUCAGCUGUGGGUGAAGCAAACAAGAUGCUCUACCUUAUCACCGAUAACCCACCCUGGUACUUGUGUAUACUCCUUGGUACCCAGCAUUACCUGACGGCUUUGGGCAGUAUUGUGGCCAUUCCUCUCCUACUAUCCCGAGAGAUCUGCUUACAACAUGAUUACAUCACCCAGAGUCAACUCAUCAGCACCAUAUUCUUUGUGUCAGGACUCUGCACGCUGCUUCAAGUUCUGUUUGGUGUCAGGUUGCCCAUCAUUCAAGGAGGGACCUUUGCCUUCCUGGCACCGACUUUGGCCAUGAUGUCCUUGCCCAAUUAUAAAUGCCCAGCCUGGACCGCCAACAAGACCCUGGUCAAUGUCAGCGAUCCUGUGUUCAUUGAUAUCUGGCAGACACGCCUGAGAGAGAUUCAGGGAGCCAUCAUGGUGGGAGCUUGCUUCCAAAUCUUUGUGGGAUUUUCUGGAUUGAUUGGAUAUUUAAUGCGAUACACUGGCCCUUUAACCAUAGCUCCGACCAUCUCCCUCAUUGGGCUGUCGUUGUUCGACACGGCAGGCAACGAUGCAGGUGCCCACUGGGGCAUCGCAGGCAUGACAACAGGCUUCAUCAUCCUGUUCUCCCAAUAUUUGCGCAAUGUGCCUGUACCAUUUCCUGCUUUCAGCAGGAGUAAAAAGUGUCACAUUAGUUGGAUGAACAUUUUCCAAAUGUUCCCGGUGCUUUUUGGGAUUGUGAUCUCAUGGGUCAUUAGUUUUAUCCUGACUUAUUUUAACGUAUUUCCUGACGAUCCCAAUGCCUACGGAUAUUACGCAAGGACCGAUUUAAAGAGCGAUGUUAUCGGUCGAGUUGAAUGGUUUCGAAUUCCAUACCCUGGGCAGUGGGGUUUGCCGACGGUCAGCCUGGCUGGCACCUUUGGCAUUCUGGCGGGCGUGGUGUCGUCCAUGAUCGAGUCUGUGGGUGACUACCACGCCUGCGCCCGGCUCAUCGGCGCUCCUCUCCCCACCAGAGAAGCCAUCAACCGCGGGAUCGGCAUCGAAGGGGUCGGCUGCCUGCUGGCGGGGGCGUGGGGGACAGGCAACGGAACCACCUCGUUCAGCGAGAACGUGGGCGCUCUGGGCAUCACCAAGGUGGGCAGUCGCGUGGUUAUUCUAACCAGCGGAUUGUUGAUGGUUUGCGCGGGACUGCUGGUCAAAAUCGGAGCGGUUUUCAGCACCAUCCCACAACCGGUGAUUGGCGGGAUGUUGAUGGUGAUGUUCGGAAUUAUCACAGCUGUCGGAAUUUCAAAUCUGCAGUUUGUGGAUAUGAACAGUACAAGGAAUAUUUUUAUUUUUGGAUUCUCCAUGUUUUCCGGACUGGUCAUACCUAACUGGAUGAACAAACACCCCGAGUCCAUACAGACAGGAGUCCUUGCCCUGGAUCAAGUCUUACGUGUACUUUUAACCACCAGUAUGUUUGUGGGAGGAUUUUGCGGCUUUUUUCUAGAUAACACCAUCCCAGGUACAGAGAAAGAACGGGGCAUCAACGCCUGGAAGCAACCGGUCUCGGACGAUGGCGAGAAGGACAAGAACGAGAUCGACUGCUACGACCUACCGUUCGGCAUCGGCACCAGGUGUUGCACAGGUUCCUGGAGGCGGUACAUCCCCUUCUGCCCAAAGCCCGCAGCUCCCGACGAGGAGGAGCUGGAAAUCCAUCAGGACACUCCGUUCUAACAACCUGCGUUGUUCCGUUCGAUGAAACAUCAUCAGAUGGCGCAAGAAAUUGGUGUAUAUUUCAUUCGUAUUUAAUUGGGAGUUCACUUGAAACUCUUCUGUAUCAUUAAAGGACAAAAAGAAAGUAAAAACUA